GCGACCUAACGUUAUCACUGUUCUAGACGAAAUUUUUGUGACAAAUAAUGGCGAUACGUUUGAAACUGACAACUGUUAUAACUUAAAUGCAUCUGAUAUCAACAGACUCUGAACGGUUGGGAAGCCAAAUUUCAGCAUAUAAACAACUUCUCCUGGUUCCUGGGACAUCACGGAGGAAUCGCAAGAGUCUACCAAUGUGACUACGGACGCUGAAGCGGCUCCACAACCACGCUGACAAUGCCACAACACACCAAUGUAUUGUACACCGCACCCCAGAGCUCGUUGAGGAGCUUAGAGAUGGCCGAGGAGCCAGGUAACGGUCGACUGAAGCUAGGCUGGACGGCCAACAACUCUGAAGUUGACUGGAGCGCCGCCCUUGUCGACAAUGAACGAUUACAAAGAAGAAGGAGGUGCUGCAUGUGCUGCAUCCUAUGGAUCUUCAACUUCUUGGUGAUUGUAGUGACAGCUGUCCUCCUUUGGGAGAUCCUCAGUGCCAAACAGCAUUUCCUGGUCUUUGGAAUCGGAAGAGAACAGACUGACUCUACCUCGUCUACAACCGAAAACCCGGUUACGAGCACACAACCCGUUACGAGCACACGCGAGGGUCACAAGGCAACCUCCUGGAAAAGAACAAGCACUACCACUAGGCUGACAACCAACAGGGUGUUCGUCCCUUACACGGAGCCAGACUCUUACGGCACGCACUCCAACAUCAGCGAUAUACACAGUUUGGAGCAGGAUUACUACGAAGACACACUGGCCAUGGAUCCCGCGCUGCUGUCACCGCAGACCGGCGCCGCCAGAAGACACGCCAGGGAUGUCGCAGACGUCUCCGCCGUCAAGAACGAACUGCGCUCAAGCAACGUGACCAAGUUCGGAAGCGGCAUUCUUCGGCAAGUGUCUCGUCUGCUGGCCCGACUCCUGCCUCAGCGUGCGUCCGACAGGUGGAGAAGCCGGCUGGGCGUUCAUCCUGGUCAGAAGAGCCAGCAGACUGCACUGAUGGUGGGUGCCGUCGAGGAGAACACACUGGUAAAGAACAGAACCGCAGCCCAGAAUGAAGUGCUGGUGGUUAUCCGUAAGAAGUCUCAGAUCGACCUGGGGCCGAGCACUCCGGGCCUCAGCAGGACCGGCGACCUGAAAUAUGGACCAGGGAACAAGUUCCCUGGUGUCAGUAUGCCGAAGCUUGCGUGGGGGCAGAACGCUAGCGCCCUUUUUGGUGGCAUCACCAUGGCGCCCCUGGUAAUGCUCACCAGGACACGAAGGGUACAUGCACCGAAAACUGCAAUAUCGACACUGGCCAGGAGACAAACGGAUCAAGAGCAGUCGGAGACCACCAAAAAAAAUCGCAUUGCGUUCACAAUGAGGCCUUUCGCGUCUCCGAAGGCACCAUCGAGGCUUCCAGUGCCGGCGUCAAAAGAACCAAUGGCAAGUCCAGCGUUAGCAACAAAUAUGGCCGGCAUCGGUCUCAGUUCCCCAGAAUCCUCCAGCAAUAAUAAGACAGCCGUAGCGAACAUCACCACUACCACCAUCAUCACCAGCAGCACGCCCAGAACUAUUACCACGAAAACGAGAAUCACUGUCAAGUUUACAAAGAAAACUUCUGAGGAGGAAAAAGUAACCACAGGAAUGGAAGCAACUACGCCAACGGCCUCCGCUACCAGAAUAAUUAAAACUACCCGGCCUUUGAAGGAUAAACAAAGCACACGAAGGACAAGAGAAGCGAUGAACGACCAAACGACAAUCAGCACAACCACGGCCACCACGAACAUGGUGAUAAACGACCAGGCGACAACCAAAACAACCACCGCCAGCACGAACAUGGUGAUAAACGACCAAGCUACAACCAAUACAACCACCGCCACCACGAACAUGGCGAUGAUCGACCAGGCGACAACCAAAACAACCUCCUCCAGCACGAACAUGGCGAUGAUCGAUCAAGUGACAAACAACACAACCACCGCCAGCACGGACAUGGCGAUGAACGACCAAAUGACAACCAAAGCAACCACCCCCACCACUAAAAGCACCAUCACCGAGAAGGUGCCGUUGAAGCCGUGCCUCCGUCGCUGGAUUCCGUGGGGGGACUCCUGCUACAGGCGGUUCCCGUACCAGGUCUCCUGGAACCAGGCAAACCGCCUCUGCCUCCACUACCACUCUCAUCUGGCCAGCGUGCACAGCAACACCGAGAGCAUGUUCCUUAUCGGACGCUUUGGGCCCAUCUGCCACAAGAGCCAGUGCAAGGUAAUCACCGGCAUCCACAUAGGGCUGACCGACAAGGCGCAUGAGGGUCAGUUCGUCUGGACGGAUGGCACUCCACUGAACCUGGUCAAGUGGAGCCUUGGCGAGCCCACCAACUCGGUCCUCUACGGCGGUCCGGACGGCGAGGACUGCGCCGAGCUCAGGGUGGUGUUCGGUUUCGGUGAGUGGAACGACAUCGACUGCGAGAGGGUGAAGCGGCCGUUCGUCUGCAAGGCACCUGCGUACGCUCAUACGUCACGCUCGUGA